CAAUACACGAUUCCAAAAAUAUGUCGUAGAAUGAAACGUUGGUUUUCUAAUGGAAACUUGACCAAACAACAAAUUUUUCGAUUGCUUGCACAGAGAGAGCCUUUUCUCUUUGUUGACUAUGCUAUAGAAAACAGAGUAGGUGAGAGUGUUGUGGCUGCAAAGCAACUAAGAGAAGAUGAUGUGCCUUUUUUCCGUCACAAACAAUUAGAAUUUAUGGGUCAAGCUGGUUGUUUGUUGGUCAAACAGUGUCCCGAGUUUUCUGAAAAAUUUCCUGUUUUUGUUGGAAUGGAGGAGGUUCGUUGGGAAGUGGAAAUAUUAGACCCAGGCUGUACAUUGUACUGUAGAGCAAACUUUAAAGGAGAACCCAGAGAAAGAUUUGGUGUGGUGGAAACGAUUGCCUGGAAGCACUCAAAUGGUCGAAGAAGAGUAUUUUGUUCUGGAGAAUUGUGGUUCUCCUUUAUACAGUGAAGCACUCUUAUAAGAUUGGCCGCGAAUAUCAUUCUAUUUUGCGGAGUUAUGAAAGGAAUAGAACCUUUAAUAUUUAGUUUAUAAGUCCAGACUAUGACUUUUAGGAGAAUUCUGUUUGCCGCUUUUCUGUGAAGUAGAAUAUGCCUAUUUCGAUGAGGUUUGAUAGAUGUUUCCUCAAAUCAUUUUGCAUAAAAGAAUUUAUCCUUAAUUGAUAAAUUUGGUUGUCGUCUU